CACAAUCACCUCGUACAAUUUGAGCAACUGUCAAGUUACGUUUUCAGUGCUAGUUUGUUUUUUCUUUACAUUGAUAACUAUUUGAUCUGGAUAAAACGAUACGGCCAUGGCCAGUUCUGAUCGCAUAGCACAGGAAAAGGCGGCUCAUCGGGCCGCUCUUCGCCAGGAAUACUGGAGGACUCUAACCAACCCUCACCUGCAUCUCCGGGGUGAAUCUGCUGGAGUCUUCGACACCGGUUUAGCACGUUUCCAGGCCAUGCAGGUCAAUCACUUCGACCACUUCAAGCCAACCGGGCGUACCUUCCGAUUUGGAAUGUUGGCUGUUGUAAUUCCAAUUGUUGGUUACGGUUGGAUGCUGAAAAAAGAGCGCGACGCUCGAGAGCACAAGUAUCGUACUGGACAGGUAGCCUACAAGGACCGUAACUUCAAGUUUAUCUAAUUCAUAAUUGACUCAUACCUAGUGAGCAUUGUCAGACGUAUAAUAGCGAAUAUUCGUUUCGGAUGCUAAAUCAUGCAAAUCGAAAUAAAGAUAUUGUUACGGGAA